ACCCUCCUACUGCCGCCGCCCUCUCCUUCGCGGUGUCGUCUUUUUUCCCCUACAAACUCCCACCGCCGGAAAAUCGUUCGGAAAUAGCCUCCGCCCGGUGCAUCAGGCCGUACGUUAGUCUCGCUUCGCGACCGUCGACAAUCAACACUUCUCCUGCAACGUCGGUGAGGGGACGAUUCCGCGCCACAAAGCCACUUCACACUUCACAGUGGUUUCUCUGUUAGGGUUUCAAAUCGAACUUCAAUUCAAAAUCUCAAUGGCUUCGCAUGGAAACUUCGAUGAUGAUGAUGAUUUCGGAGGUGAUUUUUCCGCAAGACGUCCAGGAAGUAAAAGAAGCUUUGCUGACCUCGACGAUGAUGAAGACGAUAUUUUUGGCUCGAAAAAGGCCAGCUUGAAAGUAGAGGAGAGUGCACCUGGUACUACAACUGGAAUGAUUUUAUCGCUUCGUGAGAGCCUAAAGAACCGUGAAGCUGAACUCGCUAGAUGUCAGAAAGCACUUGAAGAUGCGAAAUCUGAGAUUCAAAAUUGGCAUUCAUCUUUCCAGAAUGAAUCGUUCAUUACACCCAGCGCAACUCCUGAACCAAAACUUGUUCUCAACUACCUUAAUUCGCUGAGGUCCUCUGAGGAGGCCUUGAAAGAGCAACUUGAGAAAGCAAAGAAAAAAGAAGCUGCUUUUAUUGUGACAUUUGCGAAGCGGGAGCAGGAGAUAGCUGAGUUAAAGUCUGCUGUCCGGGAUUUGAGAGCUCAAAUGAAACCACCAUCAUUGCAGGCGAGGAGAUUAUUGCUAGAUCCAGCUAUUCACGAGGAGUUUGUGAGACUGAAGAAUUUGGUGGAAGAGAAGGAGAACAAAGUCAAAGAGUUGCAGGAUCAUAUAUCCGCCGUUACUUUCACCACACAGAGUAAAAUGGGGAAGCAGUUAAUGGCAAAAUGCCGGACACUUCAAGAAGAGAACGAAGAAAUGGGCAACCAGGCCAAAGAAGGGAAGAUCCACGAGCUAUCAAUGAAACUUGCGGUGCAAAGAACUCAAAAUUACGAACUCAGAAGUCUAUUUGAAGAAGUAUCCAAGCAAAUGGUGAAAUUGACCGGCGAUGUCGACAGAUCGAAUGAAUUGGUGGUUAUCUUGCAAGAGAAAUUAGAAGAAAAAGAUUCGGAGAUUCAAAGACUAAACGACGAACUACAGGAGAAGAGCAAGAGCGUCGUCGCCGUUGCAGAGGAUGUGCAGAUGCAAAUAGAGGAGACGAAUACGGAGAUGUCGCCGACGCAAAAUACUGAGACGCCGACGCAGAUUCCGAUUCCGAUGCCGAUACAGACAGUGCAGAAUGAAGAAGAAGUUGGUGGUGUUAAAGAAGAAGAAACUUGUUAAGCGAACACAGGUACAUUUCGUUUUUGUUUGUUGUAGUUUGUUUAUGUUUUAGCAAAUCCCUUUUUUUCAGAUCAUUGGAUUUUUAAUGGAACCAACUUUAUUAUUAUUAUUAGAUCUGGCCAUUAAUGUUGAUUACUUUACAUUUCAUGAA